AUAAUGCUCUUUGUUUGGCUCUUUGCCUCAACGUCAUUUCAUGAAAUUGACAUGCCAUUGUAAAAGUAUUUUAUCAUGUAUUAAUAUUUUCACGCAAAAAUAAUUAUAAUAUAUAUUUUCCCAUCUCCUAUUAAUGCGUUAUCUAGAUAUUUGAAAAUGUCUAUUUUCGAUCGAUUGCCUACAGUUAAAAAGUGCUGCUUUUGCCUUAAUCUCAAGUGUGGUACUAUAUGCGUGGCUGUAUGCGGUAUGUUUCAACUAUUCUGCAGCAUAUUACUAACAGUUCAUAAUCGUAGCCGCAAUUGUGAAAGUCAGUUUGAGAAGAUCAUACACAUCGUGGCGAUUGUGCUUGUAAUAUUAGACGUUGUAUUAUGUAUACUAAGCAUUGGUCUAAUAAUUGGAAUUAUAAAGAAAAUGCCACAAACAGCGACAUUGUGGAUGUAUUCAGUGUGCUUAUCAAUAAUAGGGAUGCUUGUGAUGGCCUCUUUAUUACUAAUUGCUGGAUUUAGUAGAAAGCAAUGCCUCAUAUUGAUUACGGACAGUAUAUCCACUUUCGUGACAUGUUUAAUUUGGAUUUAUUUUCUCUUAGUAGUGCGGAGUUACUACCCAAGCAUGGUACAGUAA